GACAGAAAUGUCGCUACUCCGAGAGAUUACUACAUGGCCCUGGCUAACACCGUUCGAGAUCAUCUCGUCAGCAGAUGGAUUCGUACGCAGCAGUACUACUACGAGAAGGACCCGAAGCGAGUUUACUACCUUUCCCUCGAAUUCUACAUGGGUCGAACUCUAUCGAAUACUAUGAUGAACCUCGGUCUACAAGCUACAGUCGACGAAGCACUUUAUCAGCUCGGUUUGGAGAUUGAGGAGCUGCAAGAGAUAGAAGAAGAUGCUGGACUCGGAAAUGGAGGCCUUGGGCGAUUGGCGGCCUGCUUCCUCGAUUCCAUGGCCACCCUGGGAAUUCCAGCCUAUGGGUACGGGCUUCGAUAUGAGUACGGAAUUUUCAAGCAAUUGAUCAAGGAUGGAUGGCAGGUAGAAGAGCCAGACGACUGGCUUCGAUUUGGCAACCCAUGGGAGAAGGCACGUCCCGAAUACAUGCUACCAGUAAACUUCUACGGUAAAGUCGUCAAGGACGAAAAAGGAAAAGCACAAUGGGUGGAUACCCAAGUGGUGUUUGCCAUGCCGUACGAUACACCCGUUCCUGGAUAUCGCAACAACGUCGCCGAAAAUCAUUUCCAUUUGAAAUUCUUCAAUGAUGGCGACUACGUACAGGCUGUUAUGGAUCGUAAUCUUUCGGAGAAUAUCACUCGUGUCCUUUAUCCUAACGAUAACGUUUUUAUUGGAAAAGAACUUCGCUUGAAACAACAGUACUUCUUGGUUGCGGCCACACUUCAAGAUAUCAUUCGGCGGUUUAAAUCGAGUAAAUAUGGAUGCCGAGAUGCUGUUCGAGUUAACUUCGACGCUUUCCCUGACAAGGUUGCAAUCCAACUUAACGACACCCAUCCUUCCAUCGGAAUCCCUGAACUCAUUCGUUUACUUGUAGACGUUGAAGGACUACCAUGGGCUCAGGCUUGGGAUAUUUGCGUGAAAACAUUUGCCUACACAAAUCACACCUUACUACCUGAAGCGUUGGAAAGAUGGCCUGUGUCGAUGCUUCAGCAUAUGCUUCCACGUCAUCUAGAAAUUAUUUAUGAAAUAAACCAGAAGUUCAUGGAGGCAGUAUCCGCUCGCUACCCGGGAGAUUUCAACAGGAUGCGUCGCAUGUCCAUUGUUGAAGAAGCUGAUCAAUAUGGAGAGAAGCGAAUCAAUAUGGCUCAUUUGUGCAUUGUAUGUUCGCAUGCUACCAAUGGAGUCGCUGCUUUGCACUCCGAUUUGCUUAAGAAUAACACGUUCAAGGACUUCCACGAGAUGUUCCCAGACAGGUUCCAGAACAAAACAAAUGGCAUCACACCCCGCCGUUGGCUUCUUCUUUCAAAUCCCUCUCUUGCAGAUGUAAUUGCUGAGAAAAUCGGAGAGGGAUGGAUUACAAAUUUGGAUGAGCUUCAAAAGUUAAAGGAAUUCGUAAACAACCCAGGAUUCCUAGACCAGAUCCGCCGAGUGAAGCAGGAAAACAAGAUGCGUGUUGCGCAAUACCUCGAAGAAGAUUAUAAUGUGGAAGUUAACCCAGCCAGUAUAUUCGAUAUUCACGUGAAACGGAUUCAUGAGUACAAGCGGCAGCUGCUCAACAUUCUUCAUGUCAUUGCUUUAUAUAAUAGGAUCAAAGCGAAUCCGAAUAUCGACAUGGUGCCUAGAACAUUCCUUUAUGGUGGGAAGGCAGCGCCUGGCUAUCACAUGGCUAAGCAAAUAAUUCGCUUGAUCACUAGCGUCGGAGAAUUGGUGAAUAACGACCCUAUCGUCGGAGACAAAAUUAAGGUUGUAUUCCUCGAGAACUACCGUGUCUCGAUGGCCGAGAAAAUUAUCCCUUCUGCAGAUCUCAGUGAGCAAAUUUCCACAGCUGGCACAGAAGCUUCCGGAACCGGGAAUAUGAAAUUUAUGCUUAACGGAGCUCUCACCAUUGGUACGCUUGAUGGCGCCAACGUGGAAAUGGCUGAGGAAAUGGGAAUGGAGAAUAUAUUUAUUUUCGGUAUGAAUGUUAAUGAGGUAGAAGAGCUACAAAGGCGUGGGUAUAAUGCCGAAGACUUCAUCAACAAGAGCCCAGCUUUGAAACAGAUAGUCGAACAAAUCGAAGAAGGUAUGUUCACCCCGGAACAGCCAGAUCAAUUGCGUGAUCUGACUAACAUGCUGCGACGUCACGACAGAUUCCUUGUUUGCGCUGACUUUGAUGCCUACGUUGCUUGUCAAGAUAAGGUGUCCGAAGUGUACCGAGACCAGCAAAAGUGGUGUCAAAUGGCGUUGAUGAACAUCGCAUCCACAGGAAAGUUCAGCACUGAUCGAACCAUUGCGGAGUACGCCCGAGAAAUUUGGGGUAUUGAACCUGGGGAGACCAGUCUUCCUGCUCCCUAUGAGAAUCCAGACGGUGUUGAACACACUCAUUAA